GAGUACCAGCGGAGACACUCCCUCCUCCCUCGUCGAGGAAAUCGAGUGAAGCAGCUCGCUCCUUUACUUGCUCCUCUUUAACAAAACAAAAUGAAAAAGUUAUUGUUGUUGCUCCUCUUCUGUCACGUUUCAUCACCAGUGAAACACUCCCUUGAUUUUUCCGUCAUGGCCUCUCGUGGAGUCCCAAACAUCCCAGACUUUGUGGCUGUCACACACAUUGAAGACGUUAUUAUGGCUUACUAUGACAGCAGCUUGGCAGCACCACAACCCAGACAAGACUGGGUUAGAAAAUUAACAGAGGAAGACCCUCAGCACUGGAAAAGGGCCGUUCAGGAGUGCAGGAAUUACCAGCACCACUUUAAAGCUGAAGCUGACACCUUCAAACUGCACUUAAACCGAACUGGAGGUGUUCACAUUAUCCAGGAGUCUUUUGGCUGUGAGUGGGAUGGUGAGACUGAAAAGGUAGAUGGUUAUAACCAGUAUGGUUAUAAUGGAGAAAACUUCCUCGUGCUGGACGUGGAGACUGAGACAUGGGUCGCUGUAGACCCACAGGCCGAACUCAUUAAAUCUUCUCUAAAUACACAUUGGAAGAACUUCCUCACCAACGAGUGUCCUAAGUGGCUGAAGAAGUAUUUGAAAGAUGGGGAAAGUUUCCUGCAGAGAGCAGAGCUCCCCUCAGUGUCUCUCCUCCAGAAGACUCCCUCCUCUCCAGUCAGCUGCCACGCUUCAGGUUUCUACCCUGACAGAGCCUCACUCAUCUGGAGGAAAGAUGGAGAGGAGCUUCACGAGGGCGUGGACCUCGGAGAGAUCCUCCCCAACCACGAUGGAACCUUCCAGAUGAGCGCUGACCUGAAACCUUCAGCGUCUGAAGACUGGGGGAAGUACGAGUGUGUGUUUCAUCUCUCUGGUGUGAAGGACGACGUCGUCACCAGACUGGACCAAGCAGAGAUCAGGACCAACUGGGUCAAAACCUCCGUUAGAGGAGACGAAGGGGGGCCCGGUAACAUCGGCAUCUCCGUCACUGCUGCGGUGCUUGUUCUUGCUGCCGUCGCCGUCGCCGCUGUUGGAUUUUCUGUUUACAAAAAGAAGAAAGCCAAUUGGCCUCCACCUCCUGCUGCCGACAGCGCUGAGCUCUCUGAGACACUGAAUCCAGACGCGUGAGUUGUCAUGUGGGACAGCAGCAGGGCAGGAGAUGCUGCGACGCGACAGAAAUAAGGCAGGGACGCGCUCAGAAGCCUUCACAUCGGACGAGCAUUUCAUACAUGCUGUCAGAUAAACAAGCCUGGAAAUACUGGAAAUGAUGCCAUUAUUUUACAUUACAAACAUAUGAUUCCUGGUUGGAGCACAAAGAGGUCAAGAGCACUGAUGCUUCUUCCUAUUGUUGUGGUGGAAGAAUGAAAACAGCUGUUUUGAACACUUUUCUGAGUUUCCCACCCUUCUUUCUACAUUAUUUCCCUGGAUAUAUGUUGUAUCCCUGGAUAUAUUAUAUGAUAAAAUGUUUUCUUGAAUGGAACGCUUGCCUUGUGACCAAACUCUGCUUCUGUCACACCGCGGUGAGGUCUGUCUCGUCAUGGGGUUUUUUGUCUUGUCAUUUCCUGUUUUAUUUUGAAGGUCUAACUCUCCUCUCGUUUCAGAGCACUUGCUCUUCCUCGUGUGUCCCGUGUGUC